GAUUCACCUUUGCCAGUCUCAUCUCGUGUCUGCUUUGUUAAGUUCCAUGAUCCGGACUCAGCAGUUGUGGCACAGCAUCUGACAAACACUGUAUUCGUUGACAGAGCUUUGAUAGUCGUACCAUAUGCAGAAGGUUUGUGCUUUGUUUAACUACCUUUGUGGACAUCUUAAGAUGACCAUCCACCUCAGUAGAUGUAGAGUGAGCCAUAGUAGCAUGUUAAAAUCUAAGCUAUUAAUAUUUUUAAACCCUUGUUAUACUGCAGUCCAUAAUUUUUGCUUGCAGAUCUUUUUUUAGAAAUUAGGUCUGUUUUUAUAAAGUAUUUACCUUUGUUUUCUUUUAAAAUAUUUUUAAGUUGUUUAAAACAAUGUCCGUUAUUGUAACUCCCUGAGAUAUAUCUACUUAGUUAAUUUAAUGUUGAGUUUUAUGAAAAAGUCCUAAAGGUAAAUGAUUCAUUCCAUGUAUGCAUACAGAGCCUUCAAAUAUAAAUGCAUGAUGUUAUUUCUGUUUUAAAUAAGUGAGUAGAUUGAUUUUAUUUUCUUAAAGCUUCCUCACAUUGAUAAUCUGGAGGAAAGAAAAAACCCACGUUGAAUUUCAGUAUACCAAGGGUUGCAGUGAUUUUGGUUUUCAAGAAAGUUCAAGAUUUCCUGUAGCUUAGGUGCCAAAUGGGCACUGGGUGUUUUAUUUUAUGCCAGAUUUUCUUGUUCAUUCUUGCUAUAUUUCUAGAAUAUCUCUAAAUAAUAAAUUCUUCUCUCUGUUAUUUGUGUGUGUGAUUUUUGUAGUGGAGAAGGCAAAUGCAAAACCCUUCCAGAUGCCUGAAAAACAGUGGGUCCUCUGCAGCUACAGGGGAUUGUAGACAUUAACUAAAGACCAGCAAGCACUCAAGUGCCCCAAGUGUUUUCCUGGUGUAACCAUUUGUUAACUACAUUUUCUCUCUUUUUACAUUUUAGGCUGUUAAAGUAAUUUGACAGAAAAAAUGAGCAGGUUUUUUGGAUCUAAAAAGCCACUGUGACAAGACAUUUUAAUACCAUUUUGUAAAAUUUUCUAAGGCAUAUUUUAUAAUUAGUUUGUUCCCAAUGUACUGCUACUUGAUUUGCUUUUUGGUAACUAUAAAUUUUACUCGAAUCACUGAAAUAUGAUAAAAUUGCUGGAUUUUAAGUUAAUAAUUUAAUAUGCUGACCAGGAUUUAAAUGCUUUCCCCUUUCCUGAAUAAACUGGUCAGUGGAAGUGGAAUCUUAAUAUUGUUGGUUUUAGAUGCUAUCUGAAAUCUGUGAAUACAAAUGUGAAUAUUUACACCAUACCUUGUAAAAGUUGUGAAAUGUGUAGUCCUUAACACUUAAAGAAAUUGCCUCUGGUUUUCUAAAGAAAUUAACUUAUAAAUGGAUUAAGGCAUGUUAUAUAAUAGUACCUCUGUCUCCAUGAUAUUAAAAUGUAUGAGCCCAGUUUUAAGGUUUUAUAAUAUAUAGAUAGAUAAAUUUUUGAGUUAGUGUGUUUUGGUUAAGCAAUUUCUUUUAUGUCAGUGUGCCUGUUGUAGGAUAAGACUUACCAUCAACAGAAAAUUUACAGAAUUCAAAUUCAGGAUGAAUAAAAUAGAUGAUAGGUCUUGGAACAAGGGUCAAAUCAUGUGAGUAAUAUGUAAAACAUUUUGGUUAGCCUGUAAAUUUAAAUUUUUAUCAGCUAAGUAUUCUAGUUCCCAAUCCCUGAACAUAAUACAGUAUAUCAUAUAAAUGCUUUCAUAAAUAUUUUCAGGCCAUAGUAAUUUUUCUAGACCUAUUUUUGAAAGUGAAGUAUUUAGGAAUAUACAGUGUAUAGAAUUUGGGGAAUAUUUCAUUCAGAAAUCUAUUGUUGGUGAAUUCUGGUAUGAUAUGCUGUAUUAAUGUUACCUCCAGUAAAUACCAUUCCCUCCAGAUUUAGCUAUUACACUUCGGUGUUAGCUCUUGGUCAGUGUUUUAGAACAGUAGACACAGUCUAUGGUAAGGAAUAGUCUUACUUGGUAAAACUAAGCUUAAUAUGGAAGGAACUCUUAAUAGUAAUGGGUUUGGGGAUUAUUUAGGUUCCUUGGUUAAUGUUUGUUUCUUUUGUCUGUUUCUUUUUCUUUCAUUUCUACACAUUCAUGCAGUAUUUCAUGGUUCUAUCAAAGCAGCAGUAAAAAAAAUACUCUUGACGCAUGAAAAUUAACUGUUCUUUUCCCUGGUUCAGCCUGAACUAUAUACCAGGCCCUGCUGAAAAUACCACCCAACAGUUUUCUUCUGCAGCUUAUCCAGUUUCUCUUAAGUGCCCUGUACAUAUUGUAUGUUUUAUGAUGAGAUGCAGUUUCUUAAUAUGUAUUACAGAAAUACUACUGGUAUUUGCAAAUAUGUAGUUUAAUUGUAUUAUUGAACUCUCAUUUUGGGGGCUUGGGCACAUUAACAGAUUAAUCCAUCUGUAUAGGGCUUUUGCUGUUGGAUAGAAUUUAAAUUGUCUACAUAAAUAUUUGUCUAGGGACCCUUAGAUUUUAUCUGAAUACACAGAUUAGGAUUUAAAAACAGAUAUACAUGUCAUUUUUGGCUUAAGGAGUUUGGCUACGUUAGCUUUUCAACUGGCACUAUAUAGCAGCAUUUUUUGGUAUGGUUAGCAUGGCACAUGGCGAAACAUAAAGCAUUUUACUGUACAGGUAAGGAAUGUGCCAUGUUGUUUUACGUAUCUUUCUCUCUCUCUCACUCUCAUGCACACAUCCUGUGUGUAUUCAGAGACCUUCAGAAACAUAAUCAUUUUCAUGAGUCAGCAAAAGCCCUACGCUUGAUUCCAACAGAAUAUUUCCUUUACAUACUUUCUUCUCUUAAUUUUUACAAAUUUGUAUGGUAGGUGUAAAAGAAAAUCAUAGUAACUGUACCAUAUUAUUAACCCCUAAAUCAAACUUUUUUUGUCUUGUGUAUCUUGAUUUUUCUGUGUGCUUUAUAGUGAAGCAGCCGACACGAGUCGUUGUUCAUAAAACAGCUUUUGAAAGUUGAGAGCACACCCCUGGAGAACCGACUGUGCUUGCUUACGUUUGGUUCAUGACUUAAAAAUCGAGUACAGGAGUUAUUCCUGAUGAGGCUAAGGCUUUGUCUCUGUUGGCACCAGCUAAUGCAGUGGCAGGUCUUCUGCCCGGUGGUGGACUUCUGCCUACUCCUAACCCACUUACCCAGAUUGGCGCUGUUCCACUGGCUGCUUUGGGGGCUCCUACUCUUGAUCCUGCCCUUGCUGCACUUGGGCUUCCUGGAGCAAACUUGAACUCUCAGUCUCUUGCCGCAGAUCAGUUGCUGAAGCUUAUGAGUACUGUUGAUCCCAAGUUGAAUCAUGUAGCUGCUGGUCUGGUUUCUCCAAGUUUGAAAUCGGAUACCUCUAGUAAAGAAAUAGAGGAAGCUAUGAAAAGAGUACGAGAAGCACAGUCCCUAAUUUCUGCUGCUAUAGAACCAGAUAAGAAAGAAGAAAAAAGAAGACAUUCAAGAUCAAGAUCACGUUCUAGGAGGAGGAGGACUCCCUCAUCUUCUAGACACAGGCGGUCAAGAAGCAGAUCGAGACGGCGAUCGCAUUCUAAGUCUAGGAGUCGGCGACGAUCCAAAAGCCCAAGACGGAGAAGAUCUCAUUCCAGAGAGAGAGGUAGAAGGUCAAGGAGCACAUCAAAAACGAGAGACAAAAAGAAAGAAGACAAAGAAAAGAAACGUUCAAAAACACCACCAAAAAGUUACAGCACAGCCAGACGUUCUAGAAGUGCAAGCAGUUUGCACAUUUGUGCUUCUAGAGAGAGACGACGACGCAGAAGCAGGAGUGGAACAAGAUCCCCUAAAAAGCCUCGGUCUCCUAAAAGAAAAUUGUCUCGCUCACCAUCCCCUAGGAGACAUAAAAAGGAGAAGAAGAAAGAUAAAGACAAAGAAAGAAGUAGGGAUGAAAGAGAACGAUCAACCAGCAAGAAGAAGAAAAGUAAAGAUAAGGAAAAGGACCGGGAAAGAAAAUCAGAGAGUGAUAAAGAUGUAAAACAGGUUACACGGGAUUAUGAUGAAGAGGAACAGGGGUAUGACAGUGAGAAAGAGAAAAAAGAAGAGAAGAAACCAACAGAAACAGGUUCCCCUAAAACAAAGGAAUGUUCUGUGGAAAAGGGAACUGGCGAUUCACUAAGAGAAUCCAAAGUGAAUGGGGAUGAUCAUCAUGAAGAAGACAUGGAUAUGAGUGACUAGAGUAUUGCCUCUGUGGGAAUCCAACUGUAUACUUGCAUCAGUGUCAUUCCUUUGUGUAAUUUCUUAAUGCUGUAUUUGUUCAUCUCAAAUCUAGAUGUAUACAGCUCUGAGUUAUAAAUGGUUAUAAAGCUCCUGUUACUGAUAUUAGUUAUUUACAUCAAAAAGCUUUUAGAAAAUGGUACGAGGUAACCAAUUCUUGUCAUGGUGAAAUCUGAUUGAGUAACCAAGCAGUUUUACUAUUCUGGUGCUGCUUCAUAACAAAAAUGAAAAGCUGCAUGCGUCUACAGCAGGCAUGGGUUGUUUAUGUCGUAUGAUCUCCCUUAUUAAGUAAGUUCACUUAUAGUAUUUCUAUAAUUUGAUUCAUUGCCGUAAUAGAGCCAUGUAGGAAAUGCACUGAUUGCAUGUUAUUGUGGCAAGAAUAUCCUAAAUGUCAUUAAAAUCCUUCAACAUGAUGGAUCUACUUAUGGUCUUGUUUGUUGACAUGACAAAUUAACAUUCUUACAGUUACAUCUGGAAAUGAGCAUUUGAAAUAGAUAAUCCUUUAAGCUUUGUGGCAAAAUUUUUGUGGCUUUUGUUUAACUUUGAAAGGUUAUUAUGCACUAACCUUUUUUGGUGGCUAAUUAGGGUUUAAAUAUAGAGACAAGAUUUCAAAUAAAACUGUCUUUGGCAGUGAGUAAAUAGCAGCAUAUCUUGAAGUACAGUUGUAUACGUUUUCAUAAGAUGUUUGGGAAUUUUUUUUCCUGAAGUUAAUAAUUUAUUCCAUAUCUACAUCAAUGAAAGUUAUCUACCUAUCCGAAGUCCAUCUUAAAGGGGAAAGAAAAAAAAAUCUCUUGCCCUUAUUUUGAAUUUUCAGUAAUUUGUUUUAAGCGCAAUGUUGGAAAAAAGGGGUAGUGCAUUUUAAAUUGACCUUCAUAUGCUUUUAAAAUAAGACAGAUCUACUUGAUAAUGUACCUUUUAUUUGAUCUCAAGUUGUAUAAAACCAAUAAAUUUGUGUUACUGCAGUAGUAAUCUUAUGCACACAGUGAUUUCAUGUUAUAUAUGCAAAGUAGUUAGGCAACUGUUUUCUUAGUUACAGAAGUUUCAAGCUUCACUUUUGUGCAGUAAAAACAAAAGUAGGCUACAGUCUGUGCCAUGUUGAUGUACAGUUUCCGAAAUUGUUUUACAAGACUUUGAUAAUAAAACCCUUAAAUUUAUGUUCAUGUUCCUGUAAAA